GCAACCCCUGCAAACUGAAAGUGAAAGAUGUUUCACACACUAGUUCACCUUCAAUUUCACACACUGUAAAAUGGCAACCAUUUCCUACUCUUUUUCCACUCCUAAGCUCUCAACGCUCCACUAUUCCAGGAAUUUCAAGACCAACAGCUGUCUUUCUCUCAAUCAACCUAGUGCAAAAACCACCAAUGCCUCAGCAGCGGCAGCCGCCUCAGAAACUCUCAAAGUUGCAUUCGCCGCCGGUGGGACCGGAGGCCACAUAUCCCCCGCUGUGGCAAUUGCAGAUGAGCUUAAAAACCAAAACCCUGACAUCCAAAUCCUCUUCAUAGGCACCCCAACCGGGAUGGAAAGCGCCGCCGUCCCCUUCGCCGGCUACCCAUUUGUCGCCAUCCCGGCAGCCCCUUUAGCCCGCCCUUUAAUCUCUGUUCACAACAUCUUCAUCCUUCCUUUCCUUCUGACAAAAUCCCUCGUCAAAAGCUUCCAAACCCUUCAAGAGUUCAGCCCACAAAUAGUAAUCGGCACUGGUGGCUAUGUUUCUUUCCCCAUUUGCCUUGCUGCAGCAAUGAAAGGUUUAAAAUUGGUAAUACAAGAGCAAAAUUCAGUUCCUGGAAUUGCAAAUUGGGUGCUUUCUUUAUUUGCUGAGAGAGUUUUUGUAGCAUUUAAUUCUAGUGUGGACUGUUUUUGGCAAAGGAAUAAGUGUAUAGUCUGUGGGAAUCCAGUGAGGUUUUCUUUGAGCAAGAAUGUGGUGAAGGCUGAUGCAAGAAAGCAUUUUUUCCCUAAGGCAGUUGAGGGUAUAGGGAAGGGACAAGGGAAGGUAGUUUUGGUUCUUGGAGGAUCUUUGGGUGCCAGUGCGAUCAAUAUUGCAUUGUUGAAUUCUUAUUAUGAGAUGUUGAAUCAGCGUGAGGAUUUAUUCAUCAUUUGGCAAACUGGGGUGGAAUCAUUUGAUGAAAUGGAAAGUCUUGUCAAGAACCAUCCUAGACUGAUUCUGAAGUCGUUCUUGCAUUCUAUGCAUUUGGCAUAUGCUGCAGCAGACCUAAUCAUAUCAAGGGCUGGGGCAAUGACUUGUUCUGAGAUUUUGGCAACCGGAAAACCUUGUAUUCUGAUACCAUCACCCAACGUUGAUGAAGGGCAUCAGCUUAAAAAUGCAUUUUUGAUGGCUGAUUUAGCUGGUUCAAGAGUUAUAACAGAAGAUGAACUUGACUCAACAACCCUCAGAACUGCCGUUGAAGAAAUUCUAGACAAUGAGAGCUUGAUGGUAGAGAUGUCUCAGAGGGCUCUCCAGGCUGCAAAGCCAAAUGCCUCCAUUGAAAUUGCUCAAUACAUUCUUUCUGUUGUCAGUUCAUCAAAGUGAACAAAAUGAAGGUGAAUCUGUGAAGGAUGUGAAAUUUAAUGUUCAACAGUUCUGACAGAAUCAAGGUGUGUCGACUUCAGAGACUGCCAUUUCUUUUGACCAUUUAAAGUGAUUAAGGAUUCUCGAACCAAUCAGAUAGGUAUCUCACUGGAGGUCAGAAGAUUUGUCCCGAAGACUGAUCUGCAAGUCUAAGUUUUGAGAUGGUUGUUGAGUAUUCCUGUUCGGUGAGACUCCUUGCUGUUGCUGGGCUCAAUCUACCAAUUUAGACACAUUAGCAAAAUUGUGGAUCUUGCUUUGAUGUUUUUCUUUUUCUUACCACGAUGAGAGAUACGUAUACAGGAAGAAUUUAUUAAUCAUUUCAACUGAUUCGUUUCUUA